GAUAAACAUACUUGACGUCAGAUUACCGAAAAAGUAGUUUUCAAGUUUUCAUUAUGUAUUUAUAAGAUAAACUAUUUUGAUAUUCUGAUAAUGGCUUUAUAAGUAACUGUUUUUAUAAAAUGGAUCAAAGUAAUAACUCUAGACGAGAUUUAGAGAUAGAUAGUUUUAGAAACGAUGAACCUGGAUAUGACAGAGCGCGUAUGAGAAGACAAUCUGGAGGCUUCGUCGACUUGGGAAAUGAGUCACAGUAUGGUACAGGUGGACACCAAGCGUCUGGCGCUAACGAAAUCUUUGCAGAUAUACAGGGUGAUGUCCCUUGGUGGAAGUCAAAUUUCUUCAUAUCACAACCAGUUCUUUUUGGAACUUGGGAUGGUGUUUUCACAUCAUGCCUUAUCAACAUUUUUGGUGUGAUUGUAUUUUUAAGAUCCGGCUGGAUUGUAGGCCAAGCUGGAUUAGUUAAUGGCGUAUUUAUAGUGAUAUUUACAGUGUUUGUAGCCUUGAUCUCAGUCCUUUCAGCUGUGGGUAUAUGUGAAAGAUGCAGAAUAGAAAGUGGUGGGGUGUAUUUCUUACUGGGGCAUACUUUAGGAUCUCGGAUGGGAGGAACAUUAGGGAUGGUGUAUUGUUUUGGACAAGCAGUUGGGUGUGCACUGAAUGUAUUUGGUUUUGGUGAAUCUAUGGCAAAUUUAAUUGGCUCUGAUAACACAUGGGCAGCUCGGGGCUUUGCUAUUGCUGCUGUACUUCUUUUGGGAGUCAUCAAUGUUGCUGGAGUCAAAUGGGUGAUAAAGCUGCAGUUUGUUUUGUUACUCAUCAUCUUGUUGGCAGCUCUUGACUUCUUUGUUGGCUCUCUAACAACAGUUCCUACUGUUGAAUUUAAAGGCUGGUUGGGUGGUACAAUAGCUAACAAUACCUGGUCAGAUUAUCAAGAUGGUUACACAUGGUUCAAAUGUUUUGGUGUAUUCUUUCCCACUAUCACUGGUAUUCUGGCAGGAAUAAACAUGAGUGGGGACUUGAAAAAUCCCUCUGUUAAUAUACCUAAUGGUUCUUUAGCUGCGAUUAGUACAGGGACAUUUUUAUACUUGAUGUUUAUAAUCACACUGGCAGCGACAGUAACAAGAGAGGCACUUCUUAAAAACUUCUCUAUAACAGCUGAUAUAUCAGCAUUGACUGUUUUGCUGCUCGCUGGAUUAUAUGUCAGCUCCAUGAGUUCAUGCCUGGGAGCUAUGUAUGGCACACCUAGAGUUUUGCAGAGCAUUGCCAAUGAAAAGGUCAUACCAGGACUUGAUAUACUUGGACAUGGGCGGGGACCUAAUAAGGUGCCCGUGUACUCAAUGGUGGUAGUGGCCAUUGUGACGGUGACAUUUAUAAUCAUUGGAGAUAUCAACAAACUCGCGCCCAUCGUUACCAUGCCUUUUCUCAUCACCUACGCCAGUAUUGAUUAUUCUUAUUUUGCUCUCGCCCAAACAUUUGAUUUGCAACAUAAACGUGAAAUGAGAUUUCAAGGCCACGCACAAAGAGACCCACAGGUAUAUGGAGCCACGGGAAGUGAUCUGGAUCUCUUGUUUCCCGAAAGAAUACGACACAAAAAUGUUGGUGAUUUCACCCCAUCUCCCAGCGACUCAGCAAUAAUGAACGGCCGCAUGGCCAAUGGUGACGGCGUGCGUCGACCUAGCGUUAGUGUACACUCGAAAAAUAAAAAUUGGUAUUCUCAUCUGUGCAAUCGAUGGCUGUCUCUUGCUGGUGUGGCAGUAAAGCUACUGCUCAUGUUCUUGGUGCACUGGGUGUACGCGCUGGGCUGCCUGUCCAUUUUGUGGCUGCUGUGGCUGUACAUCGGUGCCGCCAACCCCGCAGUCAAGCCCGGCCGGGCCUCCGAAAUCAGAUUCUUCCAUUGGCUUAAAAUAUCAUUCUUACAAGCUAUUGGAAAACGACCAUUAGAAUAUGAGCAAUUAGUGGUAACACCGGUGCACGGUGACAUAUCCGUGGAGCAGGAGAGACUGAACGAUGAUAACGAGGACUUCGCGUCGCGGCGUCGGUACCACCAGUCCACCGCACUGCAGAGUCAUCUGGUCAGCGUCGACACAUAAAUACUUUGCCUAUUC